GGGACGAGCCGCGGCCACGGCUGCGGCGCUCGGCUCCUGGCUCCCGCCGCCCCCCUCUCGGUCCAUGGAUACCUUAUGCAGGGAGGAAGCCGCCAAGCUCCGGAGCUGAUCUGCCGGCUGGAAGGAAGGAAGGGAUGAAAGAAUGAUGUGAUGGAGAAGAAUAUGGGCCACUGGUCAUAUCCUUUGGCCCCUGCAUCUGGCCUCAUCUUCCUGCUUGUUCAGCUUCUGGCUAACAUCUGUCAUGGCCUUCAAGGGAAUUUACCACUGGGCUUCCACUUUACACAUUCCAUUUACAACACCACAGUGUACGAAAACUCAGCGGCACGGACUUACUUGAACAGUCAAAGCAGAAUGGGCAUUGCUACAGCUGACUUUUCUUGGGACAUCAAGUACAGGAUAGUAUCUGGUGAUGAUGAAGGUUUUUUCAAAGCAGAGGAAGUUGCAAUAGCUGAUUUUUGUUUCCUUAGGAUAAGAACUAAAGGAGGAAAUUCCGCCAUACUGAAUCGAGAAAUCCAGGACAAUUAUUUAUUGAUAAUAAAAGGUUCUGUCCGGGGAGAAGACUUGGAAGCAUGGACAAAAGUGAACAUACAGGUUUUGGACAUGAAUGAUUUACGGCCUUUAUUUUCACCUACCACCUAUUCUGUAACAAUAGCUGAAAGCACACCUUUGAGGACUAGUAUCGCACAGGUUACUGCAACAGAUGCUGAUAUUGGUUCUAAUGGUGAAUUUUAUUACUACUUCAAAAAUAAAGUUGAUCUCUUCUCAGUCCAUCCCACCAGUGGGGUUAUCUCCUUAAGUGGCAGGCUAAACUAUGAUGAGAAAAACCGAUAUGACCUUGAAGUUUUGGCUGUGGACCGUGGGAUGAAGCUGUAUGGUAACAAUGGAGUAAGCAGCACUGCCAAACUUUAUAUACAUAUUGAACGUAUAAAUGAGCACGCCCCAACUAUUAAUGUAGUAACGCAUGUUCCCUUCCCUUUGGAUAAGGAGUCUACGUAUGCUGUUAUUAAUGUUGAUGAUAUAGACGAAGGUGCUAAUGGUGAAAUUGAAUCUGUUUCUAUUGUUGCUGGAGAUCCCUUGGAGCACUUUCAGUUGGUUAAGGAGGGGAGAUGGAUGAAUGAGUAUAAAAUCAAAGAGAAAAAGGCCAUUGAUUGGGACAGUGUUCCGUAUGGUUACAAUCUUACUUUGCAAGCCAAAGACAAGGGGUCUCCUCAAAAGUUUUCAGCUAUGAAACUGGUCCAUAUUACCAGUCCCAAGAGAGACGUGAGUCCAGUCAAGUUUGAAAAGGAAAUGUAUGAUGUAGCAAUCAGUGAAUUUUCUCCUCCUGGAGUAGUUGUUGCCAUAGUUAAAUUAACACCAGAAACCCAGGGGGAAGAAUAUAAAUUAACUCCCAAUGAAGAUGCUGAAUAUUUUAAGAUAAAUCCCAGGACAGGUCUACUUACCACAGCACAUCCUUUAAAAAUUGUUGACAAGGAAUUGUAUGACUUAGAAGUAACAAAUAAAGACGGGGACUUAAAAGCACCUGUUACUGUAAGGAUUGAAGAUGCCAAUGAUCAUAUUCCAGAGUUCACCCAGCCUUCAUACAGCUCCUAUAUCAAUGAAAGUGUCCCUGUGGGGACUAAUAUUCUAUCAAUUUCUGCCUUUGAUAAGGACCGGGGGGAAAAUGGCUAUAUCACAUACAGCAUUGCUAGUUUAAAUUCACUCCCCUUUUCCAUCAACCAGUUUACUGGGGUUAUUAGCACAUCUGAAGAACUGGAUUUUGAGUCAUCUCCAGAGAAUUACCGAUUUAUUGUGAGGGCUUCCGAUUGGGGCUCACCUUACCGCCAUGAAAGUGAGGUUAAUGUCACAAUCAUCAUAGGCAACGUGAACGAUAACAAGCCACUGUUUGAAAAGGUGGCUUGUCAAGGAGUCAUCUCAUCAGAUUUUCCCGUUGGUGGGCAUAUCACAGCUGUGUCUGCUAUAGAUAUUGAUGAAAUGGAGCUUGUGAAGUACAAAAUCAUUUCAGGUAAUGAAUUGGGUUUUUUUUACCUGAAUCCAGACUCAGGAGUUCUACAGCUUAAAAAGUCUCUAGCCGGUGCUGGCAUCAAGACCAGCAAUUUUGGACUUCGGAUAACAGCAACCGAUGGGGAGUAUUUUGCUGACUCUAUGUUUGUCAACAUUUCGGUAGUUCAUGGAAAAGUCUCUUCCAAGACCUUUAGCUGUAGAGAGACAAGGGUUGCUCAGAGGCUGGCAGAGAAGCUGCUGAAAAAGGCCAAAGCCAACGUGAAACUUAAUUCAGAAGAUGGCUUCCUUGAUUUUUAUUCUGUGAACAGGCAGGCUCCACAUUUUGAUAAAUCCUUUCCCUCUGACAUAUCAGUCAGAGAAGACCUUCCUGUUGGUGCUACCAUAUAUCGAAUCAAGGCCUAUGAUGCUGAUUCUGGCUUUAAUGGGAAGGUCCUCUAUACCAUAUCAUCUGGCAAUACUGACAGCUGUUUUAAUCUUGAAAUGGAGACUGGUCUGCUUAAGGUCCUUAUGGCCAUGGAUCGUGAGAAGACAGAACUGUAUCUUCUUAAUAUUACCAUUUAUGAUUUAGGCAACCCUCAGAAAGCCACAUGGAGAUUACUCACCAUAACUGUGGAAGAUGCAAAUGAUAACAAGCCUGUUUUUUUGCAGGAAAGUUACACAGUUAAUAUUUUGGAAAGUACAAGUAUUGGUGUCGAGAUUAUCCAGGUAGAGGCCAGGGACCGAGAUCUGGGAGCAAACGGAGAAGUGAGUUACUCUAUCUUGACAGACACACAACAAUUUGUAAUCAAUAACUCCACAGGGAUAAUUUACGUAGGAGAUAAUUUGGACAGGGAAGCCAAGGCAAAUUUUACAUUAAACAUAGAGGCAAGAGAUAGAGCAGAGAAUGGGCACCAGCAAUUUUCUGUUGUCCCCUUGAAGGUUUUUUUGGAUGAUGUCAAUGAUUGUGCUCCAGUUUUCAUACCACCCAGCUAUAGUGUGAAAGUCUUGGAAGAUUUACCUGUUGGCACAGUCAUUGCUUGGCUUGAAACUCAAGAUCCAGAUCUUGGUCUUGGAGGACAAGUACGCUAUUCUUUGGUGAACGAUUACAAUGGGAGAUUUGAAAUAGACAAAUCCAGCGGUGCCAUCCGUCUCAGUAAAGAACUUGAUUACGAGAAGCAGCAGUUCUACAACUUAACAGUACGAGCCAAGGAUAAGGGACGUCCAGUUUCCUUAUCCUCCAUUUCCUUUGUGGAAGUCGAAGUGGUGGAUGUGAAUGAAAAUCUCUACACUCCUUAUUUUUCUGACUUUGUAGUCAUUGGAUCCGUGAAGGAAAAUUCACGGAUUGGUACAAGUGUUUUGCAAGUUAAUGCUAGGGAUGAUGACACCGGCAGAGAUGGUGAGAUUCAGUACUCCAUCCGGGAUGGCAGUGGACUUGGACGUUUUAACAUAGACGAAGAAACUG